AUAUUGCAUAUCCUAGCGAAUCGCAACAACACCCACGCAACAUUUACGAAUCCGAAGGGAUUGAUCCUGGCAACUGCCACCGCGGGCAAUCUGGGAUUGCGAAAGGCUGCCCGAGGCACGAGCGAUGCCGGGUACCAAACUGUAGCCCACCUGGCUGAGAAAAAAUACCACGGAGUGGAUUUGAAACGGGCGACGGAGGAAGGGAUUCACAUGAAGUUUUCUGGCUUUGGGCCAGGGAGGGAUCAGGCUUUCAGAGCGAUUGUGGCCGCUGGGUGGAAGAUCAAUAUGAUCACGGAUGUGACGCCUUUCGCGCAUGGUGGAUGCAGGCCGAGGAAGAAGAGAAGGUUGUAG